AUGUCUUUUACUACCAACGCAGAGAUCGCCCAAUUUGGAGGCAAAUUGUACAAAUUGAGUCAUGACUCAACCUCCACAAAAACCAAAAUGGAGGUCAACGUUUUCGUUCCUCCCUCCACGGCCUCCUCCAUUCCUGUUUUGAUGUAUUUGUCUGGCUUAACAUGUACCCCGAACAAUGCCUCUGAGAAGUCGUUCUUGCAAUAUUUUGCAAGCAAAUUUGGCUUUGCUGUGGUCUUCCCUGACACCUCUCCCCGUGGUGCAGGCAUUGAGGGCGAGGAUGAGCUGUACGACUUUGGAACCGGAGCUGGGUUCUAUGUGGAUGCUACACAAGAGCCAUGGCUGCAAAACUACAACAUGUACUCCUAUGUGCACAAAGAGCUUUUGGAGAAGUUGGCCGGCCACUUUUCCAAUUUGGACUUCGGUAAGAUCUCCAUCACGGGGCAUUCCAUGGGUGGAUACGGUGCGUUGGCUGGGUUCCUCAAAAACCCAGGCAAGUACCAGAGUGUCAGUGCGUUUGCACCCAUUUGCAACCCUCUGAACUGCGCCUGGGGCGAGAAAAACUUCGGCAACUAUUUGGGUGCAGAGAAAAGUGAUUGGUACAAGUAUGACCCUACUUGCUUGAUCAAGUCCUACACUGAUUCGUACCAACCAGACAUCUUGAUCCACCAGGGCGCAGCCGAUGGCUUCUACCACAAGGACAAAUAUUUGCAGCCCGAGAACUUUGCCGCUGCUGCUAAAGAGGCCGGCUACAAGGGAACUAUCGACUUGAACAUUGUUGAUGGAUAUGACCACCUGUAUUUUUUCAUUAGUUCGUUCGUCGAGCAACACGCUUUGCAUCACGCCAAAGCACUUGGUUUGGUCGAAUAA